UUUUUCUUCCAAAUCAAAAAACAACAAAAAGAUGUCUUCAUUUUCCACAUCUUCUGCCACUUCUAAUUCCAAACUUCCAGUUCGAGAAAUCCCAGGAGACUAUGGUUUCCCAUUUUUUGGAGCCAUUAAAGAUAGAUAUGACUACUUUUACAACCUCGGCACAGACGAAUUCUUUCUUACCAAGAUACAAAAAUACAAUUCUACUGUCUUUAGAACCAACAUGCCACCAGGUCCAUUCAUUGCUAAAAAUCCCAAAGUCAUUGUUCUCCUCGAUGCCAAAACAUUUCCCGUUCUUUUCGACAACUCUAAAGUCGAAAAAAAGAACGUUCUUGAUGGCACGUACAUGCCAUCUACUGAUUUCUAUGGUGGAUAUCGUCCUUGUGCUUAUCUUGAUCCUUAUGAGUCAACACAUGCUACACUUAAAGGGUUCUUUUUAUCUUUAAUCUCCAAGCUUCAUAAUCAAUUUAUUCCUUUAUUUAGAAGCUCAAUUUCUGGCCUUUUUGUAAAUCUUGAAAAUGAGAUUUCUCAAAAUGGCAAAGCAAAUUUCAAUAAUAAUAGCGACAUUAUGUCAUUUGACUUUGUUUUUCGUUUGUUAUGUGACAAAACCAAUCCCCAUGACACAAAUCUUGGCUCUAAUGGACCAAAACUUUUUGAUAUAUGGUUGUUGCCUCAACUUGCUCCAUUGGUUAGUCUAGGUCUAAAAUUUGUGCCGAACUUUCUGGAAGAUUUAAUGUUGCAUACUUUCCCAUUGCCAUUUUUUCUAGUGAGAUCGAAUUACCAGAAGCUUUAUGAUGCUUUUAGCAAGCAUGCUGAAAGUACACUGAAUGAAGCAGAGAAGAAUGGGAUCAAAAGAGAUGAAGCUUGCCACAACUUAGUUUUUCUUGCAGGUUUCAAUGCUUAUGGUGGGAUGAAAGUUGUAUUCCCAGCACUGAUUAAGUGGGUCGCCAAUGGAGGAAAGAGUUUACACACUCGGCUGGCAAAUGAAAUCAGGACAAUUAUCAAAGAAGAAUGUGGGACCAUAACUCUAUCAGCAAUCAACAAGAUGAGUUUAACAAAAUCAGUAGUGUAUGAAGUAUUAAGAAUUGAACCUGCAGUUCCAUUUCAAUAUGGUAAAGCCAAAGAAGAUAUCUUAAUCCAAAGCCAUGAUUCAACUUUCUUAAUUAAGAAAGGUGAAAUGAUGUUUGGAUAUCAGCCUUUUGCUACAAAAGAUCCAAAGAUUUUUGAUAAACCAGAGGAGUUUAUUCCGGAGAGAUUCAUGGCCGAAGGUGAAAAUUUGCUAAAGUAUGUGUAUUGGUCAAAUGCAAGAGAGACAGAUGAUCCAACGGUGGACAACAAACAAUGCGCAGGGAAAAAUCUUGUCGUGCUUUUGUGCAGGUUGAUGUUGGUGGAGUUUUUCAUGCGGUACGACACAUUCACAGUGGAGUCAACAAAGCUCUUUCUUGGGUCAUCAGUAACGGUGAAGAAAGUGGAAAGAGCGACAUGAAUCUUAUUUCAGAUAUGUAAUUAUAGGCUGCAAAUAAAGUACAGUAAUUGGCUACUUAAGCCUCAAAAGACUUAGCUCUGAUUACUGCACGUGGAUGUGGUCAUUCUGCAAAUUAUUGUACUUGUGCUGAUGUACUUGACUUCGAGUGGAGAUAAUAAUGCACUGUUUUUAGAGUUCAGCUUCA